AAAUAUCUUGUGAUGCUGACUCAUACAGUAAUUUUGAAAUAUGUAAAUACUCUGUUAUAUAAUGUACUUACACUUUUAUUCGAUGUAUUAUGGAUGUAACAGUGGCUUUAGGUCACUUUUGUGAUAAACACGGACCUUGUGUUUUACUAUGUACAGAAAAAUCGAAGGAUAUUCCCAAAGAACAAAUACUUUCCCAAAGCCUUGUUUGUUCAGCCUGUGAGUCCUUGCCACCAGAUACAGUCUUCACUUGCCAAGAUGAACAUUAUUGCUACAUUACUUCUAGAGCAUCUCUCAACACAAAUGUAGCACAUACUCUCAAAGAUGUUGUGCUGAGAAGUCUUAGUAUCGAAGUGGUGGAGGAAAAAGGAAAAAAAUCGGGAACUAUUUAUUUUGGGGAUGAUACCAGAGGCCACAUCAUAUCUCAUGUAUUCAACAUCAGAGAUUCACUAGCUAGAGGUUUCAGAAGGAAGUUCUGCAUAGUAGUUCUUGGAAAUCAUCAGAUACCACUGCUGAACCACUACAACUUCAUUGAGGAUAACCUACGACACAUCAGCGAAGAAUUACAACAGAAAGCAGAUAACUCAACUUCAGCCGAAGAAACUACAGCAUACAGAAGAGACUUUGAACAAUUUCAGAAUGCCAGUAAAGUUCAACUAAGACCACUUCCGCAACUGGUGAAUGAACACAAUGUAUUUGCCCACUUGCACAUGUGGUUCGUCUUUCUCCUGAGAGCCAAAAUAUACAGAAACGUCCCCCACAGUGUACCGCAGUGUCCAGUAGAAUGCAGUUCAGUGAAUAUGUUGAGAGAAUUAGGAAAAGAAAUGCCUGAAAAUGUGUUUCAGACAAUAUUAUAUUGCACAUUGACUGGAAUAACAGUGACAGAGUGUAACACAGACAUCCUGAAGCAUUUUCGCCAACUACUGCCCAAAAAGUUUGCUUUACCGGCAUCUGGAAAAUCGUGCGAGGUUUUCAAGACAGACAACGUUUGGAGUUGCAAAUUCGAUGCCACUUUUCCAAUCAAUAUUCCGCGACUGAUCAGUUCGAUAGAAGUAGCUGUGAAGAAUCCUGAUAUAUCAGACACAACACUAUCAUAUCAUUUGAUGGAUCUCAUUAUGCACUGGUUUAGCAACGCUUGCGUUCUUAGCUGGGCCACGAAUUCAUGUGACGAGCUGAUGAGACUUUUGGAGAUUCGCAAGUGUGACUUGCCUCUGCUGGCUUACUGGAUACCCCAGAGCGGUGGAUGCGUAGAAAUGUGUACAACAGACUGGUUUAAAAAAUUCGCUGAUGGCAAAAGUUCAGAAAGUAACUGAAGAGUUAGGGAAAAUUUCGGAUACGCUGCACCCGUCGAUUUUGGAAACAAUGUUGUGUGCUCUUACAUUUUUUAACGUGUAGGUUACGAAUCCGAAAGAAAUAUUCGGUGCUUUCCCUUAUUUACAGAGUUACAGCCUUCCAAAACUUUCCAGCCUUUUUUCAACACAUCAGCUUAUUAAUAUAUGAUUUUCAACCAAUUUUCCUCCACGGAUUCAAAUAUAUCACUCUUUAUUAGCAAAUGAUGUACAGUCAGUCACCUAUAAAAUACAAAACGAAAAAUAUAAAAAUAGAGACAAGUCACAUUGUGAAAACAAGAUAAAUUAUUGAUGACUAUCACUUGAAAUAUAUUCAAUACAUUUUCUUUUGAAUGAAUUUAAUGAAUCACAACUUUUUAUAUGACUAGGCAAAUCAUUGAAUGCAAUGCUGAUCAACGGAAAAACAGUUUUUAAACAGAAUCAGACCAGAACUAUACAAAGAGUCACAACCUACAUUCUCUCUGUUGAUAUAUGUCACCAGAAAAUGAAUCCGUUGUUAACUAAAGUUUUUUAAAUGUAAAAUGUUGAUUAUUUAUGUUUCAAAAAAGGUGAAAUGAGGUGUUAAGUUGAUACGGUGAAUAAACACUUGUGACUCAACAGUUUGUAAUGUGCAAGAAGAAGGCUGAAAAGUUUCGGAACUUUGGAGGGCUGUAACUCUAGAAAUAAGGGCGAGCACCGUUUUUUUCUUUCGGAUUCAUAAUAUUCACGUCAAAAUACGUAUGUACACACUUUUUUUUAAUAUAUCACGGGUACAGCCUAUUCAAAAGUUGAAAUUGAUAUUCAGUUUCAUUUAUUACUUUCUAUUUAUAGUGUGAGCACAUUUGUUCAAUAACGACAUAACAUUAGAAAACUCUAAAAUCA